AUAAAAUCUUGUGGUUCUAUCUCAUUUGGAAUGAAUUUUCGUCCUCGGAUUCCAAGCCAAGUCUGCACCUUCGGCCAUCCCGUCCGCCUAUUUCGCCCCCACAUUCAGCUAUCAACACCUGCAUCUACAUUCCACUCCACAUCGAAAAAUAUACAGCGUCACCACCAAGCUGAGGCUAGAAGGCUCUAUUCGAAAAUGGCCCCGACGAAGACCGUUGUGGCGGUACUUUACCAGGCUCUCCCACCGCCAAUGUAUGGUGGCGUGAGCAAGCCACCCAAGCCCGGUGGGUACCGCGAUUCCGGGGCUGAUGUUGCAUAUACAUUAUCCCGCUCGGGGACCAACGUGCUUACCCCAGUGGAGGAGCCGGAUCCUGCCAAUCAGGACCAUUGGUGCUUCCCUGAUACUCAGGAAGGCAUCCUGACUGCAUUGAACAAAGGUGCUACACACCUUUGGGCUAACACAGUACUUUUUGGUGAGCAUCCGUUGCAAAAUUCAGCACUUUUGACGCCGUAUGAGGCGGAGGUUAGGGUUAUAGGGCAGCCGCCGCUGUGUGCGGAUCAAUUUGAUGAUAAGUCUUUUGUAAAUGAUUGUCUGCGUCGGCAUGGUGGAUUGACACUACCGAAAUCGUGGACAAUUGAUGAUCCCAGGACUCUGAAUGGUGAUAAAAAGGCUGUGCAAAAGACAUUGGAUACUGUCUUGGCUUCUGUUAAAGAGAGCGACUGUCCGAUUGUUGCGAAGCCGGUGCGCGGUCGAGGUAGCCAUGGCGUGAAGAUCUGUCGCAAUUCAGUCGAAUUGUCUGAGCACAUUGCCAAUCUCUUUGAUGAAUCGCCUCGGGUGCUAGUGGAGGAAUAUUUGAACGGUGAAGAGGGCACCAUCACUAUAAUGCCUCCAUGUCAAGGAGAUGUUCCAGAACAGGAACCUUCAGAUCGGUUCACCCGACACUGGGCUCUGCCGCCAGUGACUCGCUUCAACCAUGUGGACGGAAUCGCCCCUUAUAGCGGAAAGGUAGCAGUGACUUUGAAUUCGCGCGCUGUGGCAGCCGAGGAGGUAGAUGCAGAUCCGGCAUAUGGUGCUAUUAUGAGAGAAUGCGAGACUGUAGCUGGCCUGCUACAGACGAGAGCCCCUCUGCGGAUAGACAUUCGGCGAUUCGGGCCAAAGUCGCGAUUCGCGUUGUUUGAUAUUAAUAUGAAACCGAAUAUCACCGGACCAGGUCGCCCAGGACGGGAUGACCAGACAAGCCUGAUGGGUCUUGCCGCUGAUAGCAUGGGAUGGGACUAUGCUACAUUUCUGAAGUAUGUGCUAGCAUCAGCGCCGAAAUUAGGCGAGUUGCGCAACUAUGACAGCCCAUUACUCAGAGAAUCAUGGAUUGUCCAUCCUCGAUGUUAUCCUGGCCAUGAAACAGUUCUAUCCCAUAGAAGCAAGAUGCAAGAAGCAAAGAUGCUCUAAAGGGUUUGACGGAAUGCACGGUAGAUCAUAUAAUUUCUUUUUCUCCACCUAAUGCAGGGACAUGGUUCGUAUACCGAAAAUAGAAAGAGCCUCUCCUCUAUCACUUCAUC